ACGGCCAGAGACCGGAGGAGCAGGAGGUCCUGGCCUGAGCCGCGAGGUGCAGGGUGAGGAGCUAGAUUCAGAGGGGAGUUCUCUGAGGAAAACUUAGAAGGAGUCGGAUUUCAGUGCCGGAGCCUGGCUUUAGGCUCGCAGUGACUCAUUGAGAGCCAGUUUGAGUGAGAGCCGCCUUUGUUCCACUUGGGCUGAACGCUGGUAGGGGAGAAAGCAGCCGCAGCAGCAGCCGCCUCUGCCUGGGUCUCCCUGGAUGCAGGCAGCUGCAGCGGUCUCGCCCUGAAGCCCUGCUCUUCCAAAAUGCCCCCCAGUCAUUCCCUGUGCUGGCCCUGGAAUUUGCUCCUGCUCCUGUUCGGGUCAUCGCUCCCUGCUGUUCUACCGGCUCAGGUCAUAGAAGAAAGAGGAUCAAAGGGGCAACUUGACCUCACAGAACUUAUAGGAGUCCCACUUCCGCCUUCUGUCUCUUUUAUCACUGGCUAUGGAGGGUUUCCAGCAUACAGUUUUGGACCAGAUGCUAACAUUGGCCGUCUGACAAGGACUCUGAUACCUCAGCCGUUCUACAGAGAUUUCGCCAUCACCGUUACAGUCAAGCCAAACAGCGACCAUGGCGGUGUAUUGUUCGCCGUCACCGACGGCUUUCAAAAGACCAUUUACUUGGGAAUCAGACUAUCCCCUGUGGAUGAUAACACCCAGAGAAUAAUUAUGUACUACACUGAGCCACGUUCUCAUAUCUCCCGAGAGGCUGCUUCGUUUAAAGUCCAGGUGAUGACCAACAAAUGGAAUCGCUUUACUCUGGCCGUAGAUGGCAGUGACAUUGUAUUGUUCAUGGACUGUGAUGAAUACAACAGGGUCCAGUUUCAGAGAUCAGCUCAGGCCUUGUCCUUUGAAGCUGGCUCAGGCAUAUUUGUUGGGAACGCUGGAGCAACAGGACUGGAAAGAUUCACUGGCUCCAUCCAGCAGCUAACAAUCAAACCUGACCCAAGGGCUAUCGAGGACCAGUGUGAGGAUGACGACCCAUAUACAUCAGGAGACAGCAGUGGCCACGACAGCAUUCAGGAACAGGAGGGUAUCCCAGAAGCACAUGAAGUCAUUUGGCCCACACCAGCUCCACAGUUGCUUGGGAAUGUAUCUGAAGAAACAACGGCUGGACCAGUAGGAGCACCACCAACCACAUCUCCCCAUUCUGAAGAAAUGGAUUUCUCUGGACAACAUCUCUUGGAAGAAACAGUGGGCCCAACAAAACCCGAAGAACAAGGUGUAACCACUACAGAAAUCAGUCAACAGGAAAGUGAAUCAACCACUAUAUCUCAGGAAAUAUUAAAAGCACAACACAAGCCUCAUGAUGACGUUCUGCAAGGUGCAAGCAGAGAAAAAGGCCAAAAAGGUGAAAAGGGUCAAAUGGGAGAGGAAGGACCACCUGGACCACCAGGAAAAGCUGGGACAGAAGAAGCACCACCUGGACUUCCCGGGAAGCCUGGACUGGACGGAAAAGCUGGCACACCUGGCAAAGAUGGAUCACCUGGUAAACCGGGAACUCAAGGCUCACCAGGGUUAAAAGGAGAACCUGGCCCUAAAGGAGAAAAGGGGGAUACCGGUGUUGGAUUGCCAGGCCCUCCUGGACUUCCAGGACCUCCUGGACCACCUGCUCCAUCAAAGGGAUUUAGAAGAGUGGAAAUGGAAGGCUCUGGAUCUGGCAACUUUGACAGAGACACAGAACUUCCCAGAGGUGCACCAGGGCCCCCAGGUCCUCCAGGUUCACCUGGUGCUCCAGGAAUGCCAGCGCCAGAUUCAAAUGCAGGGGUGCCUGGAUUGCCUGGAGAAAAUGGGAAAGAUGGAACAGCUGGAAAUCCAGGCCCUCGUGGUCCCCCUGGUCGUCCUGGACAAAAUGGGUCGAUCGGCUUUGCAGGAACAAAGGGAGAAAAAGGCGACCAAGGUAUUCGGGGGUCAGCUGGACCAAAGGGAGACCCUGGAGAUAUUGGAUCACCAGGCCCUAAAGGGCAGGCAGGAGCCGAUGGGGAGUCUGGGAAACCAGGACCCCCUGGACCCCCAGGACCACCUGGCCCAGCCUAUGGAUUUGGAUUUGAGGAUAUGGAAGGCUCAGGGAUUAUUGGUUUGUCAAGUGGAACUGGAAUCCGAGCAUCUAGGGGACAAAGUGGUCUAGCUGGAGAGACUGGGCUACAAGGAUCAAUGGGACCAAAGGGAGAAAAAGGUGACACUGGACCACAAGGUGUUCCUGGUUUAAAGGGAGAACGAGGUCCAGAAGGAAGGCCAGGAUUUCCUGGUGUUGCUGGGCGCCCUGGUGAAGCAGGGUCAAAAGGAGAUAAGGGUGACCUAGGACACAAGGGUGAACCAGGACAAGAUGGUGCGAGUGUUGUGGGACCACCAGGGCCACCUGGACCACCAGGUCCCGUGAUAGCUCUUCCAGGGUCACUCCUCAACGCUUCAGAUGGAAGUUUUAACAUCACUGGAAUCAAAGGAAUUGGGGGCCCUCCAGGUCCAGACGGUAAGCCCGGCCUGCCAGGAUUUCCUGGCCCAAGGGGACCGAAAGGAGAUGCUGGUCUACAUGGUUUACCAGGACAGAAAGGAAAACGGGGUGAAAAGGGCGAGCCAGGAGCUAUCUUGGCUUCAACUGACUCAUUAACGGAAUUGCUAAGAAGACCUGGAGAGAAGGGUGAACCUGGAAUAACAGGACCACCUGGGCCAUUGGGAUCAACUGGACGUCCAGGACAUAAAGGAGAACUUGGUUUUCCUGGCCGGCCUGGACGCCCUGGCCUGAAUGGACUGAAAGGCAUAAAAGGUGAACGGGGUAUAACAUUAUAUGGCCUCCCUGGUUUGCGUGGACCGCCUGGACCUCCAGGUCCUCCAGGUCGUGUGGUAUAUAUUAAAGGAACAGUUUUCCCAAUUUCGCCCAGGCCUCAGUGCAAAACAACAGCAAGCACUGAUCGCCCUGGAAAUCAAGAAGCGAUAGCUGGUUCCUGGAGUGUACGUGGUCCACUAGCCAUCAAAGGUGAAAAAGGAGACAGAGGCCCACCAGGGCCACCAGGUCCUCCUCUGCCAUCAGCAUAUUUGGGCCACUUAGACAUCAUGAAGGGUGAGAAAGGACACAGUGGAGAAAAUGGCCUUAAAGGAGAAAAAGGAGAGCCAAAUGGAGGAUUUUUUAUGUCUGGACCACCAGGACUCCCCGGAAGUCCAGGACCAGUGGGGCCGAAAGGAGACACAGUUGUUGGGCCCAGAGGCCCUCCAGGGGUACCUGGCCUACCUGGGCCUCCAGGGUUUGGGCCAGCUGGGCCACGUGGGCCCCCAGGACCUCCUGGCCCCCCGGGGCCUCCUGCCAUCUAUGGCUCAGCACCAGCUUUGCCGGGCCCACCAGGACCUCCCGGAGAACCCGGAUUACCAGCAUCCAGGAACUUGGUUACAACACUUAGAAAUGUUAACAGCAUGCUGCAAACGGUCCAUUUAGUGUCAGAAGGCACAUUGAUCUAUCUUAGUGAAAACAGUGAAGUUUUCCUCCGUGUUCGAGAUGGAUGGAAAAAAGUGCAGCUUGGUGAACUGAUCCCCAUCCCUGAGGAUAGCCCCCCACCUCCAGCCGUUUCAAGCCCAGGAUUUCAACCCCUUCCAGCACCAAUCCCAGCUUCAGGUUCUGACGGUGGAAGGCCAAGCCUUCAUCUGGUGGCUUUGAACACUCCGUUUUCUGGGGACAUGCGAGCUGACUACCAGUGCUUUCAACAAGCCCGGGCCGCUGGUUUGGUCUCCACGUACAGAGCAUUUCUGUCUUCACAUCUUCAAGAUCUCUUGGCAGUCGUCAGGAAAGUAGACAGAUACCAUCUGCCCAUAGUUAAUCUUAAGGGAGAAACGCUGUUCCAUAAUUGGGAGUCAAUAUUCUCAGGCAACGGGGGACAGUUUGACCUCCGGAUUCCAAUAUAUUCCUUUGAUGGUAGGAACAUCAUGACUGAUCCAGCUUGGCCUCAAAAAGUCAUCUGGCAUGGAUCAAGCCCAAAUGGAAUACGGCAAAUUAGCAACUACUGUGAAGCCUGGAGGACAGCAGAUAUGGCGGUCAUGGGACAAGCUUCACCCCUGAAGUCUGGAAAGCUCUUGGAUCAAACAGCAUACAGCUGCAGCAAUAGUUUUAUUGUUCUUUGUAUUGAAAACAGUUAUAUCUCAGAUGUUGGAAGGAAAUGAAUUCCCUCUCUCCACUCCAUGUAAAUUUCAAAUUUAAUGACAAAAAAAUGCUGACACUGAAAUAUAAUUUUUAAAUGGUGUAAAUAUUGUAUUGUAAUUGCAUACUUAAAAAGAAA